GAAGCGGCGGAGGUGCCGCCGCCUUCCCGUUCCCCUUCUUCUCCAGCCCUGGUGAGGCACCGUCGGCCUCUUCCCCUCUGCUCCGCCCGGGGCCUUGGGCUCGGGUAGGAGCCGCGGCGAGAGCGGGGCGUCGCGGUCGCGGCCGCCUCCUGGCGCCGGGGGCGGGUGGGCUGCCGCUGCUGUAAGCUACCCCUUGGCGUCUACACAACCCCCCCGUUAGGGUUUUGUUGUUAAACGGCCGCUCAGUAGUAUCUACGCAACCCCCCCUUAGGGUUUUGGUGUCAAAUGGCUGGUCGUUUGGUCCUAUGGAGUCUUUGUCUUGUAUUUCCUGGGCUGGCUCCCUCAGUGGGGUGGUGGCGUCUUGGAUAGGUUUCUUGUAAGAGAGGAGUUGGUUGUAACGUGACUGGGGAAAAAAUGCAGCAGUGUUGGAAGGGAUUUAUUAGGCUGGCUUACAGUUAUCUUAAAGCAUUUUUUUCUGGGGAAGCAGCUUUAUCUCCAGCUCUUCACCUUUAGUUCUGGGGUCAUUUUGGAUGCCCCAUCCCUGGAGGUGUUCAAGGCCAGGCUGGGUGGGGCUUUGGGCAGCCUGGUCUGGUGGGAGGUGUCCUUGCCUAUGGCAGGGGGGUGGAACCAGGUGAUCCUUAAAACAACCCCAUCCAACCCAAAUCAUGCAGUGAUUUGUGUAUGAAGAACACAGUGAUGCGCUUGCUUCUGACCCAUCGUGAGGGUUUUGACUGAGGGUUGAAUUUACAAUGCAGGUUGGAGUAUGUGUCAGAGUAAGUCUUUGAGCUCAGGUUUAAUGUCUUCUGUUUUAUGGGAAAGGGGUAUUCUUCACAGCCCCAACAGCUUGUGUUGGCAUUGAAACAGGAGAGUUAGCGGGUUGCAGCAAUCUGAAUGUGGUUUAGACCAGAAGGUAAAACCUAAAUCGGGAAGGAAAGGUGGUAUGGGUAAAAUGGGUCAGUUUGUCAGUGCUUCAUGUGCUCGUCUUAGGCACGUGCUGCAGAAUAACAGAAGCAUGUCCUGAUGCAAUUUGGAAACAGAAGCUAGGCCUAGCAUUGGAUGAAGGGUGAGGAAGGCUGUUGGAUAGCUGCUAACAAUGGAGUGUUACACAGGGUUGUCGUGUAAACAGCAUUGCUUUGAGUGUUUUGAGCUCUGUACACUUGACAGAACUAAUUGCAGCUUGGUAGAUUGACCUUUGUUUUCCCAAAGCCUUUGGAUUAGUGAUCUUCAAAUUCCUUAAGGUGAGAUGUGGUGGGCAGCGGAGCUCAGGCAUAGUGGGUCAUAAAAGACUAAAAGCAAAAUCGGUGCCUUUUCUGUUUCACGUGCUGAGGGAACUCUUUUUUUUGUUCGUUGGGUGUUGGUUACAGAAAGCAACCCAUGUAUUUCCAACAGGAAAACACAACCAAAAAUUUAGCUCCACAUAUUGUUUCAGCGUCAGGCUGUGAUCAGGCAGCACAGCAUGUGAUGUAUAUUGAUCACGUUUGUAACACUCCGUAGAAUUUUAAGGCGCAAGUUGAGAGUAAUAUUGGAGCUCCUCUAUUGAAAUAAAAACAUUGAACCAUGAUGUCUGUGUGUUGCUGCUCUUAGUCGAUCUAGAGCAAUUUGUAGUGUGAGGACCUCUUCUGAAUCUGUUGAGAGAAAAUGACUGCAAUCAAGCAUGCUUUACAGAGGGAUAUUUUCACUCCCAAUGAUGAACGCUUAUUGAGCAUUGUGAAUGUAUGCAAAGCAGGCAAAAAGAAGAGAAACUGCUUUUUGUGUGCAACAGUGACAACAGAACGACCAGUGCAAGUAAAUGUGGUGAAAGUGAAAAAAUCUGACAAGGGUGAUUUCUACAAAAGGCAGACUGCAUGGGCGCUUCGAGAUCUUGCUGUUGUCGAUGCCAAAGAUGCUGUUAAAGAAAAUCCUGAAUUUGAUUUGCAUUUUGACAAAGUGUAUAAAUGGGUUGCAAGCAGCACGGUGGAAAAGAACACUUUCAUUUCAUGUAUCUGGAAACUCAAUCAGAGAUAUCUUAGGAAAAAAAUUGACUUUACCAAUGUCAGUUCACAACUUUUGGAAGAAUCAGUUCCAAGUGGAGAGAAUCAAAGUGUAGCAGGAGGUGAUGAAGAGGCUGUGGAUGAAUACCAGGAAUUAAAUGCAAGAGAGGAACAGGAUAUUGAAAUAAUGAUGGAAGGGUGUGAAUAUGCUAUCUCUAAUGCUGAAGCCUUUGCAGAGAAGCUGUCUAGAGAGCUACAAGUGCUAGAUGGGGCAAAUAUCCAGUCAAUUAUGGCCUCAGAGAAACAGGUGAAUAUCUUGAUGAAGUUGCUGGAUGAAGCUCUAAAGGAAGUUGACCAAAUUGAGAUAAAAUUGAGCAGUUAUGAAGAAAUGCUUCAGAGUGUAAAAGAGCAAAUGGAUCAGAUUUCAGAAAGUAACCACCUAAUCCAUCUCAGCAACACCAAUAAUGUGAAGCUGCUAUCAGAGAUAGAGUUCUUAGUGAAUCACAUGGAUUUGGCUAAAGGUCAUAUAAAAGCCCUUCAGGAGGGAGAUCUGACGUCUUCUCGAGGCAUUGAGGCCUGCACUAACGCAGCGGAUGCCCUUCUGCAGUGUAUGAAUGUAGCUCUUCGUCCAGGACACGAUAUGCUUCAUGCGGUCAAACAGCAACAGCAGCGGUUUAGUGACUUGCGUGAGCAAUUUGCACGGAGACUUGCCAGUCAUUUGAACAGUGUAUUUGUUCAGCAGGGUCACGAUCAGAGUUCUACUCUUGCCCAGCACUCUGUUGAAUUGACGUUACCCAAUCACCAUCCAUUUCACAGAGAUUUACUUCGAUAUGCAAAACUCAUGGAGUGGCUUAAGAACACAGAUUACGGAAAAUAUGAAGGGCUAACGAAGAAUUACAUGGAUUAUUUAUCGCGACUGUAUGAAAGGGAAAUAAAAGAUUUCUUUGAAGUUGCCAAGAUCAAGAUGACAGGCACAACCAAAGAAGGAAAAAAGUUUGGUCUUCAUGGAAGCUCUGGAAAAUUGACUGGGUCUACUUCUAGCCUAAAUAAACUCUCUGUUCAGAGUUCAGGAAAUCGUAGAUCUCAAUCAUCCUCACUGUUGGAUAUGGGAAACAUGUCUGCCUCUGAUCUUGAUGUGGCUGACAGAACAAAAUUUGAUAAGAUUUUUGAGCAAGUUCUAAGUGAACUGGAGCCCCUGUGUCUGGCCGAACAGGACUUCAUUAGUAAAUUUUUCAAACUACAGCAACAUCAGGGCAUCUCAGGAUCAACAAUGAAUGAAGCGGAGGAAAUGGAUGGAGGAAAUCUAUCUCGUUCAUACCCUUCUGGUGUUCCACAAACAAUAUCAUCUGAGAAGGACAUGAUCCGACAAAUGAUGACAAAAAUAUUUCGUUGUAUUGAGCCUGAGCUGAAUAAUCUUAUAGCGCUGGGGGACAAGAUUGAUAGCUUUAAUUCCCUUUAUAUGUUAGUGAAGAUGAGUCAUCAUGUAUGGACAGCACAAAAUGUGGACCCAGCUUCCUUUCUCAGCACAACACUUGGAAAUGUUUUGGUGACUGUCAAAAGGAACUUCGAUAAAUGCAUUAGUAAUCAAAUGAAACAGAUGGAUGAAGUAAAAAUCUCAAAGAAGAGUAAAGUUGGGAUCCUUCCAUUUGUUGCUGAAUUUGAAGAGUUUGCAGCCCUUGCUGAAUCAAUUUUCAAAAACGCAGAACGACGAGGAGAUCUAGAUAAAGCUUACAUAAAACUUAUUAGAGCUGUUUUUGUCAGUGUUGAGAAAGUAGCUAAUGAAAGCCAGAAAACACCCAGAGAUGUGGUCAUGAUGGAGAAUUUCCAUCAUAUUUUUGCAACACUUUCUCGACUGAAAAUUUCUUGUCUUGAGGCUGAGAAGAAAGAAGCCAAACAGAAAUACACUGAUCAUCUUCAGUCUUAUGUCAUCUACUCCCUUGGACAGCCUCUUGAGAAAUUAAAUCAUUUCUUUGAAGGUGUCGAAGCUCGUGUGGCCCAAGGUAUACGAGAAGAAGAAGUAAGCUAUCAACUGGCUUUUAAUAAACAAGAGCUUCGUAAAGUCAUAAAGGAAUAUCCUGGUAAGGAAGUCAAGAAGGGAUUGGAUAAUCUUUACAAGAAGGUAGACAAACAUCUCUGUGAAGAAGAAAAUUUACUGCAGGUUGUGUGGCAUUCGAUGCAAGAUGAGUUUAUACGACAGUACAAGCACUUUGAAGGGCUGAUAGCUCGCUGCUAUCCUGGAUCAGGAAUCACUAUGGAAUUCACUAUACAGGAUAUUUUAGACUACUGCUCCAGUAUUGCACAGUCUCAUUAAGUGAAAAAGAAGCUAGCAAAGUUUGUGCCUGUGUUAUAAGGGAAUCAAACACUAUAAAUGCUGUUUGUUUUUAAAAGGUGGAUUUCCGAUGUAUACAUAGCUAAUUGUCAUAUACAUCAAGUCAGUCUCCUGCUUCAACAAUCUUUCAGGGCAAAAUGAAACGUUUGGUAAUUUGUUGCUCUUCAACUACCUUGAAGUACCAUUUGAAAGCAUUAAUUCUGUGAAACACUUUGGAUAUAGUUUUUCCCCUCCCUUAAUGUUCAGAUACUGUUAUUUAUAAGCUUUUUUUUUUUUUUUUUUUUUUUUUUUUUUUUUGCUGAAAGCACCAAGCACUACCUUUGUAGUACACAAAAGGGGUACUACUGUCUUCACUAAUGUUUUGCAUCGUGGGAAUUAUGUUGGCAUUAAAGACUACCACAUCGUUUUCCCUUCCUUAUUGCAGAAGGUAUUCAUGUUCUGAGAUAUAACGUGGUCGUGGCUAUAACUCUCGAUUAAACUGUGUUCAUCA